GACGAUAUCCUCCCCCCGACUCUUUUGUCCCUCUACACUCGCGCGUGUUCUGUCUGCUUCAAUAUGCCUUACAUGGAGAAUACCGAGGCUUCAGAGCCCAAGAAGCUCAUUCUCUGCUUCGAUGGCACGGGAAACACCUUUAGUGGUUCCAAUGCCGACACCAAUGUUGUCAAGAUCCUCAGCAAGUUGGAUCGCAAUCACCCGAACCAAUACCAUUACUACCAGACCGGUAUUGGCACAUAUGACAUCGGCGAGACAUCCGUCAACAAGACGUACUUUGGGGAGAUGAAGAGCUCCAUCUCACAGACCCUCGACCAGGGAUUCGGUAUGACGUUUGACGCCCAUGUCAUUGCCGGGUACCGCUUCUUGAUGCGUUACUACGAAUCUGGCGCCAAGAUUUACAUCUUUGGCUUUAGCCGCGGCGCCUUUACGGCAAAGUUCCUGGCGCGCAUGGUCAACAAGGUCGGCCUGCUGUGCAAGGGCAAUGAGGAGAUGGUCCCCUUUGCGUUCCGUCUCUACCAGCGUUACCUUGCUGGUGACAUCCAGGACCGUGUCGAUGCACAGGGGAGGUGUGAGGAGGACCACGGUGACACAGACACAGGGUCGGACGCCGAUCCCCUGCUCGCCGGUAACACCAAGGUGCACAGAAGUCACACCACUGAGGUUGCCUUGAAUGAGAUCACGGCCUUUAGUCAGACCUUUUGUCGCAAGGAAAAGGCCAAACCCUGCGAUGAUGAUGAUGAUGGCGACGAUGAUCAGGAAGAGGACCAGAACAUCAAGGUCUUCUUCCUUGGCAUCUGGGACUGCGUCAACUCUGUCGCUGUCCUCGAGCGCAAGACUCCAGUCCCAGUUCCCGUCACAGGCACCGCUCGCUAUGUGCGUCACGCCGUCGCCGUCGAUGAGCGACGUGUCAAGUUCAAGCCAGCUCUCUUGGCCCAAGACAUCCGCGUGUCCAAGCACAACCAUGACGACGAGGACAUCAAGGAGGUCUGGUUUGCUGGCUGCCACGGUGAUGUGGGUGGCGGUUGGCCCUCAACUGAGGACAACCCCCUUGAUAAUAACAAGGCGGGCGACAUGUCCUUCUGGCAGCGCGUCAAGAACUUCUGGACCUCUCGCAAGGCCAAGGAGCCUAGCAAGAACAUUAACGACGACCGCCUACAGAUGAGCGAUAUCCCCCUCGCCUGGAUGAUCCGCGAGGUUGAGCUCGUGGGUCAGAAAGAGCCCGAGGCCGCCGUCAAGUGGUGCGACAGCCUGGAAAAGUUCAAGGCGCACAUCAACGACAAGGAGAACAAGGAGCAGGCCCUCAAGGGGUUCAUGCAUGACUCACUUGCUUUCGGCUACGGUACUGGCUUCUUCAAGGUCUUGAUGUGGAAGUUUAUGGAAUACCUCCCCUUCAUCACCCGUUGGGAGCUGGAGCAAGCGGGCUGGGUCAACGUCCGCUUCCCCCUCAACAAGGGCGCGGCGCGAGACAUUCCCCAAAAGGCAGUCCUCCACGCCUCGCUGGUCAAGCGUCUAAGGGAAGACCCCGAGUACUGGCCCACCAACAACCAUGGCUCAGACACAGCCCCCUGCCUCAAGCGUAGCAGCGAUGAGGUUCAGUUCCAGGAGCACCGAGAGAAGAACAAGAAGGACGAGUGGAUCAAGGUGGUGGAGAGUGACCCUGACCAUCAGACGUAUGACAUUGUGCAUAUUGUCCAGUGA